AUGUAUUCUUGGUUUUAUUUGGCAGUGAUUUUUGCAUUAUAUGCAAAACUAUGUAAUGGACAAGGAGGAGAUGAUAUUGAUAUGCAUCCUGACAUAGAUGUCUUACUCUUCGAACUGGAUAAGAUUGUCGAGGAUGAUCACGAUCUAAAAUCAAUUCCGGACGACCUACGUUAUAAAUGUCAAUUAGCUUUAGGUCUUUGGUCAUCUGAUGGACGUGAAGAUAAUGAUUAUCCACCAUCUACACCUCAGCAGCAUGCUAAUGCUGAUCGUUUAGUAGACAAAAUUAGGCAAACACAUUUGUCAUUGGGUGGUAGUGAAUUUGAUCGAGAAGGUUUUAGACGGGAUCUGUUUAUUCUUAAACAUCAAUGGAUGGUGUUAGCAACACAAUAUUACACAUUUAUCAAGUAUUAUGAUGAACCAUCAAAUCCAAGUUAUAUUUUCAAAUUAUUUCAAUGGACUGUCUAUACAAUUGACUCUCCCAAUGAAUUCGCAUUAAUGUAUCAUCUUGAACGAAGUCCUAGUGUUGAAUCUGGAUAUACUUAUGUGUUAGGACGUAAAAUUCACCCCUAUUAUCAUGAAUCAUUGAUCUAUUUUGGUAAUUCUUGUCCAUCAUAUAUGACACUCAAAACACUCGUUAUUGGUGAUAUCAUGGGUGAUAAGCGACUUGCUGCUAUUGCUUCUUCUGGCUAUUAUUUUGGAUAA